AUGACCCCCGUACGGCUACGGCAUCCCAAGGGGGUAACAACCAUUCAGGUUGACUUCCCCGUCAACACUGUCCUCGACCUCCAGCAGCAGAUCUUCGCUGCCACAGAGAUUCCUCCGUCUCAGCAAGAUCUAAAAGCCGGCUACCCCCCUCGUCCAUUGACCCUCAUUCCAGAACUCCCAGUCGACAGUUUAGGCAUCCAGAAUGGCGAACCCCUGGUGGUCACCCAGAGGCCGACUGCUGCGAGCUCCGCCACAGUUGCGAGACAGUCCCCCUUCCCUGCCCCCAGCCCUGUCGCCGCCAUGACGGGCCUGACGGCCUCGCGGGUGCGGGAGUCUCCACCGAUGAUCGCAAGUUCACCGCCUGGGAAGGGCCCGGACUAUGUGUUGACAAGCAACGGGUACUUGAUUCACCGAAUUGUUCCCGACGACAAUUCGUGCCUUUUUUCCUCGGUGGCGCUCAUCUUCGAGCAAGACAUCCGUAAGGCGCAGAACAUACGCCAGUUCGUUGCCGAUGCUAUUCAGAAAGACCCAGUAAAAUGGAACGAAGCUAUUCUGGGUCGCUCGCGUGAGGAGUACAUCCGGACGAUUCUCAAGCCAACAGCGUGGGGUGGCGCCAUCGAACUCUCCAUCCUCGCACAACACUACAGCACUGAGAUAGCGUCCAUAGACGUGGAAACGGGACGAGUUGACCACUUCACGCCGCCACCCGAGACAGACUCUGGAAGCCGCGCCAUUGUGAUCUACUCAGGUAUUCACUACGACGCGACGAGCAUCGCGCCGAUGCUGGACGCGCCGGAGGAUUUCCACCAGACCAUUAUGAGCAGAGGAACGAAGCCUGGUGGCGCGGACGAGGACGACGAGAUGCUGCAGGCGGGAAAGAAACUCGCGGACGCAUUGCGAGCGAAGAAAGCAUUCACUAAUACUGCAACGUUCGACCUGAAGUGUCAGAGGUGUGGCAAGGGCUUGAAAGGAGAGAAGGAAGCACGGGCACAUGCGUCGGAGACCGGGCAUGUGGAGUUUGGAGAGUACUAG